GCGCCUGUGUCUGGAUGUGAUAAUUACAUGUAGCGCUUCUGUCUUUCAACGCUGUUUCUGUUUCGCCAACGGGCCGCGUUGUAUCCCAGAACAGUAGCGUGCUGGACACGAGGACGCGACGCAUGAAGACGUGAAGGGCAGAAGGAGAGAGGCGCCUCACUGAUGCUGAUAUGUAUUUUCUUCUCUCUGCACAUCAUGAAUGGUCUGAUGCCUGCCCGGAUCAUCUGAUUGGCGCAAGCUAAUUGCUUUUGUUAACAGACACACUGAUUUGUAUUUCUGUCGAGGCGUCUGCUUUCAUUUGAUCUGACCCAAAUCGAGCCUCUUGCUCCGUGGACUCGUGCAGCGCAGCAGAAUGGUCAGUCCGUCUGCACUUUAUGUGGCUGCCCUCCACCGCUGUUCCCUGACAGCUGCUCUAUGACUGUUCAUUGUGCUGCGCUGUGUGUUGUGUUUCUCAUGUCUUGCUCAACAAUAUCACUAUGAUAGGCUCACCUGACGUGGUGGCUUUCACUAAAGAGGAUGAGUAUGGGCAGACCCCUCCAGACCCCUGGGCUCUCCCUGACGAGUUCUCUAUUCCUCUCCAUCCGCUGGCUGACUCCAACCCCUGGGCUAAAACCUCCUAUGCCAAGUUCACCAAAGACUUCAUCCUCAUCUCUGAGUUCUCUGAGCAGGUGGGCCCUCAGCCCCUCCUCACCAUCCCCGAUGACCCCAAAGUCUGCGGCACCUUCGAUCUCAACUACUUCUCCCUGCGCAUCAUGUCAGUGGACUACCAGGCCUCUUUUGUGGGGCAUCCACCCGGCAGUGGCUACCCAAGGCUCAGCUUUGUGGAGGACUCGAGGGUGGUGCUGGGCGACUCAAAGGAGGGGGCGUUCGCCUAUGUCCAUCACCUUACGCUUUAUGACCUGGAGGCGAGGGGCUUUGUGCGACCGUUCUGUAUGGCGUACGUCUCAGCAGAUGAGAGGAAAAUCAUGCUGCAGUUUCAGGAGCUGUCCCUCCGCUUCUCCCAGGCCUCCGAGUGUCUGAAGGCUGGCAACAGGAGAGCGUUUGCCAAGGAACUCCAGAGGAAGCUCCGAGACCUGGAGUACACUCACUCUGUGCUGCAGAGGGAGGAGGGCCUGCAGAGAGAGGCGGGGCCUCAGUGCAUGUACUCCGCUCACGCCGUGGAGAAGGCCAACGAGCUCGCAAAUGUGGAAAAGAGCAUCUAUGAGCACCGAGACCUGCUGAGACAGAUCAGCUCCUACCAUCGCCGUCCGCGCCGAGAUCCUCACGUUGUCAGCUGCCAGAAGUGCAUCACCGAGUGCUUGAGUGAGUGCGAGCAGCUGUUAGACAAAUAUGCCAAGCUCGCCAACCCCUUCGGUUACACCGCCAGAGGGGAGACGGGGCAGAAGGGUCGGGCUGACUGUGACGGCGGUGAGAAAGAAGGGGACGAGGAAGACGCCGAGGGCGUUAAACGCAGGUCGUCCUACACGCCGCAGCUCAUCAAAGGUAAAUCUGCAAAGUGUUUCGACAAGCGCCUGAAGACCCUGCAAGAGCUGUGCGACGUUACUUUCUACGAGGCAACCGUGGAGCUCCUGAAGAAGACGGAGAGGAGUUUCCGGGGGGACCUGUGUUACCUGUACACACGCCGCCUGGACAGGGCGUUACGCAGGAAACUGAGAGUAACCAACUUCCUGUUUGAGGAGGACCUCGGUGAUGAUGAGGAUGAGGAUGAAGGGGGAACACUAAGACCAUUCUGUGCUGUGAACCACGCUGUAGAUAACUGUACACUCUUAAACCCACUUCCUAUUGUGCUAGGACCAGAACCUCCAGAGCUCGACGCUCUGGAGCCUCCUGAUCCUCUAGACCCAGCAUCUGAGACCAGCCAUACUCGAGGGAGCGAGCUCGGGCUUGUGGAGAGCCAUCUGGAGUCCUCCCCGUCAGACCAGACUCUGGAGACCCAGGAGAGCUCGGAGGAGACCAAAGGAAGCUUUAGCAGCGGUAAGAGCGAGAUGGGUCUUGCAGAGAGUCAACAGAAUCUGGAAACUGGCAAGUCAGAAGAUCCUGAUUCUGACUUGACCCCUGACCCCAAUCACAACGCUGACCUGGAGAGGGAGAGCAGCAGUGAAGAGAUGGAGACCACCGCCGGGGAGGACGAAGGAGACGACACGCCCGUGUCCUUGCUGGAGGUGGCGUCGGAGCUGGAGGCCAGCAGGGAGGAUGAGUGUGAGGGAUUAACUGACGGGCCUUGUGACAUAGAGCCUGAGUUGUUGGUUCCUCUAGAAACCGCGUGCUGUAUGGCCCAAGAGGGUUUCCUUUAUGAGGCUUCUGCCCCAGAGGCGGUGCAGCCCCGUCAAACGCUGGUGGUCGACGAGGAGCCCCACGCUCUACUUCCGCUCCAGGACGACUACGCGGUGGGUUCUCCGUGCUCGGAGAGCCCUGCAGCCGGGCUGGAGCUGCCAGUGGGGCACCUCGGAGACGCGGUUUCUCGUACCUCGGCGGAGGACGGGUCGGACUGUACCAUGAGCGCUUCUACGGGGUCUGAUCUCGGCUACGGGGGGGUUGUGACUCUGCGUCAGAGGAAGAAGGCUGGACAAGGAGCCUUGAGGUUUGUGCGACAGUACCCCUUUGCCAUGCAAGCUCUGUGGUGUCUGCUGAGCGGCAGAACCCUGGUGGUGCUCGGGGCAGAUGAGGGGAGGGUCCGCCGACUGGUUGCUGCUCUGGCCCUCUUUGUGCCGGCUCCUGGGAAGUGUGGAGACAGGGUCCAAGCCUGGCUGUCCUGCCCCUUCACCCUUACUGACCUGCAGAGGUGGAAACUCAUUGGACUGCAAAGAGUAGCGUCCCCUGUGGGUUCCAGCAUGCUUUACUCGCUGUCCCGCUACAGUCGCUACAUCUCCAUCCUGGAUGCCGACCAGAAGACCUUGCGCUGUCCGCCGUAUCGUGGCCAACUCCUUGCCAACAUAGCCGACCACCGCACCUACAUCCGCCGCGGUUCCACCUACUUCCUCCACCUCCAGAGCACGCUCUGUCAACUGGCAGCCGAGGCCUUCCUGUUCACCUUCACCCACCACCUCCACCUGCCGGUCAGCUCCACGGAGGGGCCCGAGGUGGUGCAGGGCAGACGCCUCUGCUUCCUGCAGGAGCAGCUGGGGCUGGGAGAGGAGGACAGCCAGAUACUGCUCUACCUCAGCCAGCUCAUCACUCAGCAGUACCUGCAGCCCGCCACCGGGAGCAGCGCAGCAGCAGCAGCAACUUGUUUCAGUUUUAACUACACCACCAGCGUUUUAUACAAAAUCUGAUAUUUCACGGGGGAGGAUGAUUUCCGCACACGGUUUAGCAGAAAUCAUCUGUGACCCUUUGGUUUUUAUUGGACCAAAGGUGAUCUUCAUAAGGUCUAAGGUAAUUUUAGUUUCAGGACAAACUGCACUGGUUAUUGUUUGAUCUGUGUAAUCUCUCUUUCUGCCUUGCUGUCUUUUUUUUUUUUUCUCCAGUCUUUCUCUUUCCUCUGUGUGCAGGAAAAAGGAGACAGAGUGAGUUGUGAAUGUCAGCGAGUGGUUCAGUUUGCCUACAUGUGGACCAGAGCACAUUCACGAACAUACACGCACGAACACACGCAUAACAGAGCAGACGAAGGUCUGUUCCACUUAUUGUCACUUGUGUCUUUUUCACCCUAAUGGAAAGAAAUGUAACCUGCGCUGGCCUGUUUUUAAAGUUAGUCCUCACUCACCACACACACACACACACACACACACACACACACACACACACACACACACACACACACACACACACACACACACACACACACACACACACACACACUCCAUGUUAGAAAACUCAAUCCAACAUGGCUGUGUGUCUUAAGUGCUGGUCUGAGCUGACAAGUUAAAUCACAGCUCUGUGUUGUUAAUACCCACCAAUCACUAAGCAGUUUUUCAGCUAUGAUAUCAUCUCAGCUAAAUAUAAACACGUUUUUUUUUUUUUUUUCAACCGUCUCACAUAUGCUGCCAUUUCCUGCUUGUGGAGAACCGACGUCUCUACGGAUCUGCCCGUGAAACCUUAUUAGCACCCACAUGCUUGUUACAGCUGGUUUUGUGACAUGCUACUGUUUUUGAAAACUACCACAUAAGCCCAAACCCUUUUGUGAAUCCAUUUUCUUUUUUUUUUGGUGAAUCAAAUUUAACAUACAUUCCUGCACUAAUCUUCAUUUUGUUCCAAACUGAGACACAAUGUUGGAUUUUGGUAGAGUGGAUUUGACUUUUUGAGAGCAUGGGGGAAAAAUUCCCAUUUUUAAUGGUUGCGAUGCAUGAGGAAGUGUAUUUGUUUUGUGAAUUAGACCCGGUCGGCCCCAACGUGAUAUUUGCAUGUCCAGAAAUGAUGUAGUCACGAUACAUACUCGCACAUGUUGGGCCAGCGGCAGCCAAAACCUGUCCCUAUUAAGGGCCGGCGAGCAUUUUUCAUGGAUAUUACUCACACAGUCAGGAACAUUUUAAAGCUACUUAACCUAAAUGUAUUGAAUUUCACUGUUGUCUUAAAGUUGUGCGAGAGUGUUGUGGUGUCAGCAUGAGACUGUCUUGUGCCAGGGGUGAAUCGCUGUAUUGAUACUAUUUCUGUUUUGAUGUAUUUGGAUGAACGGACUCGGGAGCAGAUGCUGAACAGUUUGAGGAGAUGUGGCUGAGACAGCGAUGAUGUUGUGUUUGAAUAGAUUUUAUUAUGGGAGGGGGAAAAGAUUUCCUGUGCCAUCAAAAGCAAAACUCUAAACUUGACACUUGAAUUAGCACCUAUUAUUAUUAUUAUUAUUAUUAUUUAUUGUCUUCUGAACAACCCUUGCUGGAUGUGUGAAAUGAACAAAAACUUCUGUAUUUAUUGCUUUAGGACAAAAUUUGGAUUGUGACCGAUCAUGAUGAGUACGCCCCCGAUUUUUUUUCUCUUAGGAGAGGAUGCUGGAGAAUUUCACAAGUAGGAAAUCUUUUUAAGUUCUGUCACAUCGGCCAGUAAAAACCCAAUGAAGUGAUUUGAUAGUGUUUUAGAUUUGACUGUUCCUAAUUCCGUGGCGUUAGUGAUGGAGCUGUAAUUCUGUAUCUAGAAUGUUAACUGUACUUGUGACUGCAUGGUCAGAGUUUUAAUGUGAAAGGUCAAACAAUGGUUGCUGUCCUUCCUGCUACGAAAAAGACCCAUUUUGAUUUUAAGGCAUAAGUUUUUAACUAACAGCAACCUCAUGUUUUUUUUUUUUUUUUAGUUCCACCUAAUGUAUUAUUUCAGUUUGGUACUUGAUAUUUCUUUUUUUGCCGCACGUGCUGUCUUUUUAUUUUUAACGGCUUGAAUAACACAUUUUACUGCUAGAUGUUACAUGUUUUUUUUCUUUUUUUUACAGCGAGGUUUUAUCCUUCUAAUGCAAAAAGGUGAAUGUAAUCUAAAUAAGCCAUACCACAGUGUGCUUAACAUGUCGUCACUCAGUGUCCUUAUGUUGCCAUAUCAUGUCCGCCUUUUGUAUCUCACCAUGAGGAGCGUCGUGCUAAAUUGGGCCCUGGCUGGGAGACGAGACUGCGUUGUUGCCAGUGAUUUUAAUAAAGCACGUUGUGAAUGUCUUGACGCUUUCAUGUUAAAUGUUGAUAUUGAUUUAAUCCAUUAAAUUAUUUGAAUCUUUUUCAUUUUUUUUGUUGUUGUUGUCAUGGGUAACACAGGCGUUAGGUGAUUGUGGUGAAUCUCGCAGUGAGAUCCUCAUUAAAGGUCAGCCCUCCCAACA